AUGGGUGUUUUUCACAUUUUUGACACUGCCAAUCCGGUUAUCGCCAAACCCUUGAUUCCAAAUCAUUUUAAACACCAGUGUCUGCAAUUACGAACGGGCGACGAGCGUGGUGAAUUUGUGGCGCAGCUUUCACAGACGGCUAAGAGUGGAAAACCUAACUGUCUCAACGAAGUGCCGACGGUUUCCGGAACGCUUUCUUUCCCCUGCUGA